CUGGGGACUGAGAAGGCGGCGGGCAUCUGGAAGACGCCGGCUGCCUACAUCGGACGGCGGCCUGGGGUGUCGGGCCCCGAGCACGCCGCCUUUAUUCGGGAGCUGGAGGAAGGUGCAGGGUGGGUGACUGCGUCUGUUUUAUGACCCAUGAGGCUCCAGUCGGCCGAGAGCGCCCUCCGGAUUUUACACCUCAGAUACCAGGUGAGCUUGAGAGAUGACCUCCUUCAGCUCUACUCAGACUCUGAGGAGGAGGAGGAGGAGCCGGAGGAGGAAGAGCAGCCACACUAUCAUUCCUAUGGAGCCCCUGAGCCGACUUGUCUGCGGGAGACGGAGGUCCUGCACGACUGGCCGCAGCUGGAAGCCCUGCAGGAGCAGCUGAGGCUGCUGGAGGAGGAGAACGAGCAGCUGAGGAGGAGUUGA